AUGAUUCUAUCAAGCCAACAGUCAAAAAAUGGCGAUCCAGAAGUUUCAGGAGGUAAAAACGAAGGUGAACUUCACAGUAGCGAUAUUAAACUAAUACCGUUUCGAACUGCACACAUCGAUCACUUUAAUCCCUUUCCAAAAAGCUCAAAGCGUAAUGAAAAUUUUGCAAUUGCUCGAACUGUUAAAGAUACGGUCACAAAACAUGUCAUUAACCGAAGUUACUACAUUGGCGACGAGGAUAAAACUAACAUGAAUGCGGAACAGUUUAAUUUGUUGUUGCAAGCUGUGCAAAAAUCAAAUAACGCUUUGCUUGAGGAGCUUCGUUUGUCGCGGACACUACAACAAAUUGAUACGCCUUCUUCAACUACAGAAGCAGUUUCGUCAACAUUUAGGAAUCUAUCUGACUCAAUGCUAGAGUUUUGCAAUGAUCCUGAAAAUAAAGUCACAUUUGAAUCAUGGUACAAGCGUUAUAAAUCAGUUUUCGCUAUAGAAGCAGCACAUCUCACUGAGCCAAUUACGGUUCGAUUGCUCACGAGCAAAUUAAAAAAUUUGGAUUUCGAGCAAUAUGCAAACUCAAUCUUACCAAAGGAACCCCAUGAGCUUACACUCAUGCAAACGGUUGCCAAACUCUCGUCUAUUUUCGGAUAUCGCCAAUCAAAAUUUUCUCAGCGCCAAAAAUGUUUUACAAUUUCAAAACAGGAUUAUGAAGACUUUGCUCAGUAUGCUGCUCGCGUCAACAAACAUUGUGAAAAAUUUGACAUCGUUAAUUGCACUCCCGAUGAGUUUAAAGUACAAAUAUUUGUCAAUGGCUUGAAGAGUUCACAUGAUUCGUUAAUACUCGAGAAACUCCUUGCAAGACUCGACAAUGAAUCAACACAAAAACAUCCACACGAAACUUCGAAACCACCAACGCCAUGUUGGUGUUGUGGAGGUCUUCAUUGGUUUAAAGAUUGCCCAUUUAAAGGCAAAGAAUGUUCAGCAUGUAACACUAUUGGCCACAAAAAUGGUUACUGCAAUAAGAAGCCAAGCAAGUUGCGACGCAGAAAAUAUCAGCCUGACACAUCAUGUGUAAAGAAAAUUGACGAAACUAACAGAACGCAGCAGCAUCGUAGGUAUGUCAGACCAAAUCUCAAUGUAUCUACAAUUAAACUCCAACUUGAUACCGGGUCGGACAUAACAAUUAUUUCCAAAUCGAACUGGACCAAACUUGGUCAGCCAAUCCUACAAACUACUAAUAAAAAAGCUGGCGAUGCUUCUGGAAAUGUAAUUCCUCUUCUAAGCAGCUUUGCUUGUGUUGAGAACCUAAAUGGAAGAGAGGAAUAUGUUGUGUGUUAUGUCACACCACUUAAGUUGAACGUGUUUGGAAUUGAUUGGAUAACGACAUUUGACUUAUGGUCAGUGCCUAUCAGUUCCUUUUGCAAAGCAAUCCAACUAACUAGUAGCGAUAAAUUAAACGAUGAAAUAAAGGCUAGAUUUCCGUCUUUCUUUUCUAAUGACCUUGGCUGCUGUAUGAAGACCCAAGCGACUCUGAGGCUAAAAGAAGGAGCGCGACCUGUUUAUCGUAACGCUCGACCAGGUCCAUAUGCAGCAGCUCCCAUAGUUUCGGCAGAACUUGAACGUCUUCAAUAUCUUGGAGUAAUUUCACCAAUUGAAUACUCACAGUCAGCGGCGCCAAUCGUAGUUGUAAGAAAGAAGAAUGGAAAAAUUCGUAUAUGUGCCGAUUAUUCUACAGGUCUAAAUGACGGUCUAGAGCCAAAUAAAUAUCCUCUUCCAGCGCCUGACCAAACAUUCUCCAAACUCGCUAAUAAGAAAAUCUUUAGCACAAUUGACCUAUCAGAUGCAUUUUUCUAG